GAGCUGGUCUGGGAUCAGUCUCUAUUUUGACAUGUAAGACUACCCGUGAGAAAAAAACGGGUAUUUGUUGGCCUCAGAUCAGAGGUUUGUAUGCUGAUUCUGCACAACGAUUCACGUUGUGUAAAGUAUUCACUUCCGCAUUAACUGUGUCCGUGCAACUGCACAUCACUACAAUGAGGCUUGCUGUGGCAGUCAGUGGCCGGGCUCUAAAAUGUUUACCGCAGAUGUUUUCUCCCGUUACUUCACUGAGAGGUUUGAGAACACACACAGUCUGCCGGUACGCUAUUCAUGUGACUGCACGGACUUUUUCAGCGUGUACCAAUAUCACGCUCUUGAGAACACACCAACCGAUUUCAUCGUUGACGUGUAGAACGUUGGGAUAUGUAUGUAACACAAGAACAUUCGCUUCGAUGCCUCCACCGCCCCCACGUGGUGGCAAGAAGAAUGAGUUAUCCCUGUGUUUUGUUUGUUAACAGCCAGUGACUUGGAAAUCCUUAGUAGUGACAUUUGCCAUUGGUGGAGCUAUGCUUGGGGUGAUGAAAAUAUUCAAGAAAGAAAAAGAAGAAUCAUUAGAGAGAGAAAGGACAAGGUCAGUGGGGAAGGCAGCUCUGGGAGGUCCGUUCUCUCUCAUCGACCACAACAACAAGCCAUGCAAGAGUGAGGAUUUCCUUGGUCAGUGGGUUCUCCUCUACUUCGGCUUCACUCAUUGUCCAGACAUUUGUCCAGAUGAAAUUGAGAAAAUGAUUGAGGUCGUGGAUGAAAUCGACAGGAUAAAGUCUCUUCCCAACGUGACGCCAAUCCUCAUCACAAUCGACCCAGAGAGAGAUACUGCCGAGGCUAUGUCUGCGUAUGUGAAAGAAUUUUCUCCAAAGCUCAUUGGUUUAACAGGUGCAACUGCACAAAUUGAUCAGGUUUCUCGAGCCUAUCGAGUGUACUACAGCCAGGGACCAAAAGAUGAAGACAACGACUACAUAGUUGAUCACACAAUUAUCAUGUACUUGGUUGGUCCCGACGGUGACUUUUUGGAGUAUUUUGGACAGAACAAGAAGAAUACGGAGAUUUCAGCUUCCAUUGCUUCACACAUGCGGAAGUAUCGGCAGAAUAAGUAGGACUAUGCUAAAUGUACUGUCCUGCUGGAUGAUGGCUCAAAAAAUGCACUGCUAAUCGAACACAGGCUGUCUGUGCCUCGAUCGAACUUGGGGUUGCUGGGUUUUUUUGUUUCUUUUUUGCUUUUUGCGUUUUUUUUUGUUGUUGUUGUUGUUAAGAUUAAGUAUUUAUGAGCAAUACUUUAUAUUUGUGAUUUCUCAAAGAAACAGUCAGAGCUAUACAUAUAUUCUUUUGAUUGCUGAAGUCAGUUUUUUGAUUGUUGAGUUUACCAUCAUCUGCUUUUGUUCCGCAUUCAAUAAAAUAAAUCAUUUUUUUCCA